GCUCUCUGCACUUGUCAGGGAUUCUUUUCUCUCGUCGCGGCGCCGCCAUCUUUGCAUCAUCUCACCGAGGGAUGUGUACCGGUGGAGGGCGUCGCUUGAUCGGUGGCCUCCGCCGAGUCUUUCGGAUCCCCAUUCCUCGUUUUGCGUGGCAUCCCCCAUUGCGUCCUUUUCGUCAACCUCCGUCACCAUGGACAAGACCGACAGUCAUCUGCCUGACCUGGAGAAAUCGCCCAGGGCAGCGUACUCCAAACUGGAUGGCGACGUGCCACUGCAGACCCCGGAGCAGUCUUUCGAGGACAGCAAUUCGCUCUACGCACGUCUGCAGCGGUGGGCCAGCCGCUUCAAAAUCGAGACGCGCGGCAUCGAGCGCGUGCCCGAGGACGAGCGCCACGACGACUCGCUGCUGAACGUCGGUAGUAUGUGGCUGGCGGCCAACAUGGUCAUCAGCUCCUUCGCCAUCGGUGUGCUGGGCAAGUCGCUCUUCAAUUUGGGCUCAGCCGACGCCUUCCUCGUCGUGUUCUUCUUUAAUAUUGUUGGCAUCCUACCGGUGUGCUACUUCUCUACCUUCGGUCCUAUCUUCGGUCUACGCCAGAUCGUGCUCUCACGCUUCUGGUACGGCUGGCACGGUGUCAAGAUCGUGGCUCUCUUCAACGUGAUCGCUUGUCUCGGUUGGUCCUGUAUCAACGUCAUCGUCGGUGCGCAGGUUAUCAACGCAGUUAACAACGACGUCCCGGGUUGGGCCGGUAUCAUUAUCAUCACUGUGUGCACCUUCAUCGUCACGCUUUUCGGCUACAAAGUGGUGCACGCCUACGAAUUCUGGUCGUGGAUUCCGGCCUUCAUCGUCUUUAUGAUCGUACUCAUCGAGUUCGCGGUCUCAGGCGCGUACGUCCACAUCCCGAUGGGUACCGGCACCUCGGAAGUGGGCAGUGUAUUGAGCUUCGGCGUUACGGUCUUUGGGUUCGCCACUGGCUGGACGUCGUACGCCGCCGACUACACCGUGUACCAACCUGUUAACCAGAGCAAGGUGAAGGUGUUCUUCUCCGCCUUUACCGGUCUGAUCGUGCCGUUGCUGUUCACGCAGUUCCUGGGCGUUGCUGUGAUGACCGCCACGGACGAGAGCAACCCGGACAGCAAGUACCGUGACGGCUACAACGAGGCCGGUGCUGGCGGUCUUAUCAGCGCUGUGGUCGUGGGCCCGCUUGGCGGCUUCGGCCAGUUCUGCCUCGUCAUACUGGCGCUGUCCAUUAUCGCCAACAACUGUCCCAAUAUCUACUCGUUCGCUAUCACCGUGCAGGUUUUCGGCGAGUGGACGCGUAGUAUCCCACGCUUCGUAUGGACACUGGUGGGCUCGGUCAUCUACGCCGUCGUAGCCUUCCCCGGUUACUCGCAUUUCGAGAGUGUAUUGGAGAACUUCAUGAACGUCAUCGGCUACUGGAUGUCGGUAUACGCAGCCAUCGGUCUGACUGAACACUUCUACUUCCGUAAGGGUUACUCGGGUUACAAUCCGGCUGACUAUGACAAACCCGAUAAGCUACCACACGGUAUCGCCGCAGUCUUCUCGUUCUGCGUAGGCAUCGUGGGUGCCGUUUUGGGUAUGAGCCAGACGUGGUAUGUUGGUCCUAUUGCUAAAUUGUGCGGCGAGAAGCCGUAUGGAGGAGACAUUGGCGUCGAGCUCGUGUGGCUGUUCGCUAUCGUGUCGUACCUCAUCACAAGACCCAUCGAGCUGCACUACUUCGGCAAGUAAACAGCCAAUUCACUACAAACUGCAUCCGUAGGUGCGACCCUGUAUGUAAGAUCAGUAGAGCUGUUCCUUUGUUUGUUGCUCACUACCUUUCCAGUACCGGGCGAUCAACCUGGCUAGCGUUAAGAUCAGUGCCGCCCGUGACCUGGUUGAUAACCGUGAAAGAUGAUAGGCUUGCGUAUCUCGCGCAACGAACUAAAUGAGGCAUUGCAACUUGAGAUCAUCGCUCUGGUCUCCAACCGAGAGGUGUCAAUGUAGCUUGCUAUAUGUACGUACUAGGUAAAAUCGGCGUGAUGCCUGUCAUCGCCUU